AUGGAUGAGACGGUAGCCUUGUUAGGAAGGACACAUCAAAAACCAUCCUCAUGGUAUCCUAUUUUCACCAUGUUUUUAGUGGCAUUCUCUGGAGGCGCUCUACUUGCACCCCAUGCUCAAUUUUACACAGAAAUUUUCUGCAGCAGAUACUACAAGUCAGAAUCUGAUUUCACUUUACCUGCCAAUUGUUCAAUACCACCUAUCCAAAAAACCGUUUCCAAAGCACAAGCUUUAAUCAUGUUUUUAACUUACGGAUCCAGUCGCGUACUUGUAUUAAAAAUAUCCACCUGGGGUACACUUAUUUACGUCUCGUGUGAUUUACUUACCGCCAAAUACCAUGAAACCAUUGGUAUCUCCUUGUUAUUUAUCGGUCCCUUGUUACGUGGUUUAAUGGCUGGUGAAGCCGUACUUAUGGCGGCCGUCCAAGCUUACAUUGCCGAUUCCACAGACCCUUCCUCCAGAACUGUAAUCUUUGCAAGGCUAAUGUCAAGUUUGUUUAUUGGUGCUGCAAUCGGUCAAAUCACAACACCACCACCACCCAAGACCAGUCUUUGGGCCAAACUCAAUAUUUUUUCUGCCCUUGACAUCCUACUAAACAAAAAACCUUUACCGCAUAUGAAACGUUAUACUUUACCGUUUAUUGCGCUUUCCGAAUUCUUGUUAACACUUGUCAAACGUCCACCCUUGUUAUUGUAUGCCAUGUUAAAAUUCAAUUGGACCGCGUAUGAGGGCAGUGUCUUUUACACCUACGCUUCACUCAUGCGGCUUUUUAUCAUGAUUGGCGUCUUACCACUUCUCACCAAAGUCUUUGUGCGUCCUCGUGCAUCUUCAGCACUCUCCUUUGAUAUCUGGAUGGUGCGAGGUGGCAUUGGCAUGGACGCCAUCUGUUUGGCUUUAUCUGGCUUGGCUUCCAACGUGACCUUGUUUGUCUUGGCCGGCAUGUUACAGAGUGUCUCCAUGCUGGCACAACCUUCCAUUCGCAGUUUACUCACCAAUCUGGUGGAACCAAAUAAAGUGGGCGAGCUUUUGGGUGCCAUGGCUAUCCUUGACUCUAUUGCUAUGGUGAUCGCGCAUUUGGGCGUAAAUACGAUAUAUAGUGCUUCAGUAGAAACCAUGCCCAAUCUGACUUUUUACCUGUGUGCAGACAUUGCUGCUGCCUCUUGUUUAGCUGCCUUUUUUGUGCAAGAGAGUAACGAUCAACAAAUAGUUGAAGAUGAAGAACACAUUAAUAUCACCACUCAUAAAUUAUCUACCGUGUAA